AUUGUGAGCUGCGAAGGCUGGUCCUGUCAGGAUUGUGAAUCACCGGGCAGGUGGCGGCGGGGGGUUCGGGUUUGGACGCUGUGGUCCAUCCUGCGAGCAGAUGGUAGAAGCCACAGCAUCACAUGACUCACUCCGCCAGGCAGCAGGAGCGGCAUAAAAACGCCGGGUCUGCCCUUGCAGAUCAUUGCAUUGCCGGUCUCCAGCUCGCUGCCACCCCGCCAGGACAAGCGAAGAGAUGAGAAGCCUGCUACUGCUUGCCCUGCUCGGACUGGCGGCUCACACCUCCUGCCGAGUGAUCUUGAAAGACCUUAAUGAAAGAGACGAUUCCAAAGAGGGCGUCGGAAGGAAAGUCAAAGUCUUCAGAUCAGGAGAUGAUGGUUCCAAAGAGAGUGGCGAGCGGAAGAUCAAAGUGAUCGGACCCAGAGAAGACGAUGACUCUGCCGAGAAUGAGAGUGGGCCGGACGCUAAAGAUUCUGCUGAAAAAGAGAGUCACUCCACAGCUCGAGACUCCAAAGAGAGCGGCGAGCGGAAAAUCAAAGUGAUCGGAUCGCGAGAAGACGACGACUCUACCGAGAAAGAGAGUCACUCUGCAGCUCGAGAUUCCAAAGAGAGCGGCGAGAGGAAAGUCAAAGUGAUCGGUUCGCGAGAAGACGACGAUUCUGGAGAAAAAGCGAGUCACUCUGCAGCUCGAGAUUCCAGAGAGAGUAGUGAGAGGAAAAUCAAAGUGAUCGGAUCCCGAGAAGAUCAUGAUUCCAGAGAGAGCAGCGAGAGGAAAAUCAAAGUGAUCGGAUCCCGAGAAGAUCAUGAUUCCAGAGAGAGCGGCGAGGUGAAAAUCAAAGCGGCCGUAUCGCUAGCUGAUGAUGACUCCAAAGAGAGCAGCGAAGCGAAAAUUAAGGAGCUGAGAUCUGGAGGAGAUGACGACUCUGCCGAGAACGAGAGUGGGCCGGACACUCAAGAUUCGGGAGAAAAAGGGAGUCAAUCCGCAGCUCGAGACUCCAAAGAGAGCGGAGAGCAGAAGGUCAGAGUGACUGGAUCCAGGGAAGAUGAUGAUUCGGGUGAGAGCAGAGAGAGGAACAGCAACAACAACAACUCCAAUUCCGAUGAAAGCAUCGAAAGGAAGGUUGAAGUGCUAGCGCCCAGAGGAGACGACGAUUCUGCAGAAAAGGAGAGCCACUCUGCAGCUCGAGACUCCAAAGAGAGCGGCGAGAGGAGAAUCAAAGUGAUAGGAUCCAGAGAAGACGAUGAUUUUGCGGGAAAAGGAAGUCACUCUGCAGCUCGAGAUUCCAAGGAGAGCGGUGAAAGGAAGAUCAGAUUGAUCGGAUCCAGGGAAGACCAUGAUUCUACAGAGAAAGAGAGUCACUCUGCAGCUCAAGAUUCCAAGGAGAGCGGUGAAAGGAAGAUCAGAUUGAUCGGAUCCAGGGAAGACCAUGACUCCAAAGAGAGCGGUGAACAGAAAUUCAAAGUGGUCGGAUCCCAAGAAGACGAUGAUUCUGCUGAAAAAGGGAGCAACUCCGCAGCUCGAGAUUCCAAAGAGAGCAGUGAGGGAAAAGUCAAAGUGACUGGAUCCCGGGAAGAUGAUGACUCUGCUGAGAACAAGAGUGGACCGGAUAAUAAAGAUUCUGGAGAAAGAGAGAGUCACUCUGCAGCUCGAGAUUCUGAAGAGAGCGGUGAACAGAAAAUCAAAGUGAUUGGAUCCAAAGAAGACGAUGAUUCGGGUGAGAGCAGAGAGAGGAACAGCAACAACAACAACUCCAAUUCCGAUGAAAGUGCCGAAAGGAAGGUUAAAGUGAUUGGAUCACGAGAGGAUCACGAUUCUACAGAGAGAAAUAGUCACUCUGAAGCUCGAGAUUCCAGAGAAAGUGGAGAAAGGAAAAUCAAAGUGAUUGGAUCCCGAGAAGAUGAUGAUUCUACAGAGAGAAAUAGUCACUCUGCAGCUCGAGAUUCCAGAGAAAGUGGAGAAAGGAAAAUCAAAGUGAUUGGAUCCCGAGAAGAUGAUGAUUCUACAGAGAGAAAUAGUCACUCUGAAGCUCGAGAUUCCAGAGAAAGUGGAGAAAGGAAAAUCAAAGUGAUUGGAUCCCGAGAAGAUGAUGAUUCCAGAGAAAGUGGAGAAAGGAAAAUCAAAGUGAUUGGAUCCCGAGAAGAUGAUGAUUCUACAGAGAGAAAUAGUCACUCUGCAGCUCGAGAUUCCAGAGAAAGUGGAGAAAGGAAAAUCAAAGUGAUUGGACCCCGAGAAGAUGAUGAUUCUACAGAGAGAAAUAGUCACUCUGAAGCUCGAGAUUCCAGAGAAAGUGGAGAAAGGAAAAUCAAAGUGAUUGGAUCCCGAGAAGACGAUGAUUCCAGAGAAAGUGGAGAAAGGAAAAUCAAAGUGAUUGGAUCCCGAGAAGAUGAUGACUCUACAGAGAGAAAUAGUCACUCUGAAGCUCGAGAUUCCAGAGAAAGUGGAGAAAGGAAAAUCAAAGUGAUUGGAUCCCAAGAAGAUGAUGAUUCCAGAGAAAGUGGAGAAAGGAAAAUCAAAGUGAUUGGAUCCCGAGAAGAUGAUGAUUCUACAGAGAGAAAUAGUCACUCUGCAGCUCGAGAUUCCAGAGAAAGUGGAGAAAGGAAAAUCAAAGUGAUUGGAUCCCGAGAAGAUGAUGAUUCUACAGAGAGAAAUAGUCACUCUGAAGCUCGAGAUUCCAGAGAAAGUGGAGAAAGGAAAAUCAAAGUGAUUGGAUCCCGAGAAGAUGAUGACUCUACAGAGAGAAAUAGUCACUCUGCAGCUCGAGAUUCCAGAGAAAGUGGAGAAAGGAAAAUCAAAGUGAUUGGAUCCCGAGAAGAUGAUGACUCUACAGAGAGAAAUAGUCACUCUGAAGCUAGAGAUUCCAGAGAAAGUGGAGAAAGGAAAAUCAAAGUGAUUGGAUCCCGAGAAGAUGAUGAUUCUACCGAGAACGAGAGUGGGCCGGACACUAAAGAUUCCGCAGAGAAAGAGAGUCACUCCGCAGCUCGAGAUUCCAAAGAAAGUGGAGAAAGGAAGAUCAAAGUAAUUGGAUCUCGAGAAGAUGAUGACUCUGCCGAGAAUGAGAGUGGGCCGGAUACCAAAGAUUCUGCAGAAAAGGAGAGUCGCUCUGCAGCUCGAGAUUCGGAUGAGAAUGGAAAGAGGAACGAGAACAACGACGACUCCAAUUCUGACGAAAGCGUUGAAGGGAAAAUCAAAUUGAUUGGAUCCAGAGGAGAUGAUGACUCUGCAGAGAAUGAGAGUGGACCAGAUACUAAAGAUUCUGCAGAAAAGGGGAGUCACUCGGCAACUCGGGAUUCUGCAGAAACAGGGAGUCACUCUGCAGCUCGAGACUCUGCUGAGAACAAGAGUGGUCCAGAUACUAAAGAUUCUGCAGAAAGAGAGAGCCACUCCGCAGCUCGAGAUUCUAAAGAAAGCUUCAAAAGGAAAAGCAAAAGCAUUGGAUUUGGAGGAGAUGAUGAUUCUGUUGAGAAAGUGAGUCACUCUGCAGAUGGAGGUCCCUUCCUCGAGAAGAAGAAAGCCAACUCUGUUGUAAAGAGGCCCAGAAGAUCAAUCCGUGAAUAUUAUGAAAGGCACCGUGAGUAUUAUUACAAGACACCUUACAAGCGUCGUCGAGAACUAUGUGAGUCCUUCUAUCCCUGUGACUACCUGGCCAACAGGAUUGGAUUCCAAACUGCCUACCAACAAUACUUCGGAAAUUAUUAUAAAUAAACUCGAGCCCAAACAUCAGCAAUAUCACAGUACUUUAUAUCACACAUAAUGUUUAUACAAUGGAUUGGACCAUGUUAAUUGGAAUGCUGAACAAAUACUUGCGUAGUUUCCAUCAGGGUAUUUGAAUCUAGUUCUGCUGGUCACAACUUUUGCCUGUUAAGAACCUUUGACUUAAGGGGUCCUCACUGCCGUCUGGAACUGGGACGAGAUAAUGUUUUGCUUACCAAUGACCCAAUCCAAUCUUCCACACUACCACUCAUGGCCUGCUUUGAAUCUCAAAACUGAACAGAUUUUCCAAAUCUCUGGUGACUAAAUUAUGGUCUUCCCCAUACCACCCCCCAAGCACACCCAUUCCUUUGCCAAUUUUACCAUAAAGUAUGUACAAGCUGCUAUUUCUACUGAAUGUAUGUCACCUUUGAAAUAAGUGUGUUGUGAAAGGCUUUCAUGAAAUAUCAGCAUCCCAAUUCCCCCAAGAUUACAGACCCAGAAGGUUGCAUACCAGAAAGGCAUUGCACGCUAUCUGUUUCUAACGCCAAGAUGUUCUAAGCUGGCCAGAGUGAAGUAUUUGCCCAGACAAAUUAGCUGCUGGCAGCAAAUGGGCUUUUCAUUGUUCUGAAUUUAGCCCUUUUCCUCACCAAGGCCACAGUGCAGUUGAUGUUGGAGAUGGAAACGUGCCUGUGGUUUAUAAGGAGGCGUGCUCGUGAGGGCAGAGCCAUUGUGUACGCUCACUGCUGCCAACACUGAAUGCCUGAUGAAGGAAUGCUCUGCAGCCAACUAAAAUAUCCUUCGCCUCAACAAAUCUAGCAGACAGGUUAUUGACUUUUCCCUACCCUUUAUUCAGUUUAAAAACAAAACAAUUUCCAGCUCGGCUAACAUUAAGCUUGCCAUAAACACCGAGCGGUAGAGAUUGAAUAGCCAAGAGCAAGUGAGGGUUUAUCCUUGCAUACCAACGCACAAGGCUGAGAAAAAUCAAGUGCAUGAAAACAUGGAAAAUUUAAAUCAGUGUGUUUGCAUUCUGUGUGAUAUAAUUGUGCAUGUGAUGAGGUAGUGGGUUACCCAGUAGACACCAGGCCUGAGGGAGGCAAACACUCCUGAUGUACUGCUGCUCGACAGUACUAGACCAAAUACUUACAUAAGCAUAUUUUGGCUGCUUCAAGGGAACCGGAUAACCUCGUUACAAUCGCAGCCAAACGGUUUAUAUACGAGCAAACUGUGUAGUAUUAGCAUGCCAAAUUUAUGUAUAAUAACAUCACACGGGACAUUUUCCAGGGUCGAGGUUAUGUGCAAUAUCGUGUAAACUAACUGAAGUAGUGUACUUUUCUUCAGCAUGGAAUAAGCUGGGUCUCCUACUGUGUCCUUUUUAGAGUUUAAGCACCAAUGUUUACUUCCGUCUUAAGGCACAAAUGUAUUAUAAUUUAAACAUCAAAAGACACAUGGUCAUCCUCUCUCCAACAAGCCCAAAUACUGACUGUACAGUUGUACAUAGUUGAAACUUAAGGCGUUUUAAGUUUUGUAAAUUAUUUGUUUAGACUGACGCUGUAAAUUGGCUAUGUGGGGCAGAACAGCACUGGACAAGAAUGGGAGCAUUAUUUUAAAACAAGCUCUUUGGCUGCUCUUCAAUUAUUUCUGUGCUAAUGUAAAAAGUUUUGCAGGAAUUAAAUUGUUUACAGAGCUACUCUCUCAGGAAAAAAAAACUGACCUGAGGGUCAACAAGUGACAUCCAUUCAGUUCAUUUGUUAGAGAGUAAAGAAUCCUAGAAAACAAGGAGAUUAGUAUUAGUCUGCCCUAAGUUGACACAGGUUUCUAACAUUUGCAUCAGUUUUUAAGAGGAUGAAAUAGAUUUGUACAAAGAGGAUAAACAGCUUCCUUAAUUUGGGAGAAAAAAUUCCAACAAUACUCAGAGGGAUAAAACACACCCUCACAACAUGGUAUCUGUUCCCAGGGUUUAGGGGAGACCAGUGGUGUCUUUGGUUAUGUGUUUCGUAAUGUUCAGAAUUAGUAUCACUGCACAAGCUGAAAUUAAUGCACUUGCGUUCUUUGCAUUGUAUUUUCCUACUUUAGUUAAGCAGAAAUCCUGUAGUUUGAUGUCUGUAUUUUAUGAAUAUAACAAUAAAAGUUAACAAAACUAA